AGUGUCCCCUCGCCGUCUGCGCAUCAUCUCGUGUGUUCUUCCAACGCCGUAACAUGACACUCGAAUCUCUCUGGCAAACCCACCGCCGCACCCGUGGGGCUCCUCCCAAAGCAGUUCCGUCGCGUUUUCACUCCGACUGCGUGAUUAGUUACGUUCCGACGGGAGCCACAUAUCGCGGUCAUAGGGAAAUUGAGGUGCUCCUGGAACAAAUACGAGCGACGUACUUUUACAUUGAGGACACCAAGAUUCUAUCUACUAUCUAUGGGCAGAAUGAUGUGGUCGAAGAAUCACUCCUGACCGUCCGCCACGAACGACCGAUGGAGUAUCUGCUCCCUGGAGUCAAAGAUACGGGUCGCACACUCACGGUAGCGCAGAUUACCGUCUCAACGUUCCGUGGUGACAAGCUAGCUUCUCAGAGGGUAUACUGGGACCAUGCGAGUGUGCUAAGGCAGGCAGGUCUUUUGCCGCAGAGUGUUAGAGGGCGAGCAGGUGGAGAGAUUCCUGUCAAAGUAGCAGGCAAUGAUGUGGAAAAUGUUGUUAAGGCGGCAUUUGAGACUGAGACCCUCAAAGGGGACGCACAGUUACCUGUGCAAUCAAGCGUAGAGACGUUGGACGUGCAAGAGGUGCCUGUUGCACCCCCACAAGAUACUUAUGUAAAGCACCAUGAGAACGAAUGGGUAGGUUCUGGUCAGUCUGAGGAUGUGAAGCCGACCAACAAUGGAGAUCCCGUUUAUCAAACAUCGAACGUCGCAAACAUAUCCAACCCGGUCACCGGCAAACGACAAUCCGUAAGGCUUCACGCCCCACCUGGCGGGGUCUCACAAAUUAGCUUGGCGACUGGCAACGACCUGCACCCCGUCAGCCGCCGUAGCGACACAACGCCUAGGGACUCGGACAUGAUGGCCACCAGGAACUCUUACGCGGCCCGGGACAGAGGCUCCCUUGGUUUUGCAACAUCUGCGGAGAGACCUCCGGCUGCUGCUCCUCUGCCAGCUAAAGGCCAAGCACCCCCCGUUACAGGACAGAGAGUUAGUGUUAAGCUGCAUGCACCCCCGGGGGGAACAUCGCAGAUCUUUUUUGGCUAGACCAAUGACAUAGACUAGUAUAGAAGGACACUAUCCUCUUUUAUGUAUCGUAUGUCAAGUCUUUCUGGCAACGCAAUACCAAUUAUCUCUAUCAUAUCCUGA